AUGGAAACAGCGGCUUCACCCACGACUAUGGAGGAUUGCUGUGUCAAAGUAGCAGUACACAUAAGGCCUCUAAUCGGAGAUGAAAAGCUUCAAGCGUGUAAGGAUUGUGUCGCUGUCGUCCCUGGGAAGCCUCAGGUGCAACUUGGUACACAUUCUUUUACUUUUGAUCAUGUGUAUGGAAGCACUGGAACCCCAUCAUCUGCCAUGUUUGAAGAGUGUGUUUCUCCUCUUGUUGAUGGUUUAUUUCAAGGAUAUAAUGCUACUGUUUUAGCUUAUGGCCAGACUGGUUCAGGAAAGACAUACACCAUGGGUUCUGGGUGCAAAGAUGGUGCCCAAACAGGGCUUAUUCCUCAAGCUAUGAGUGCUUUAUUCAACAAGAUUGAAAGUUUAAAGCAUCAAAUAGAAUUCCAGUUGCAUGUCUCUUUCAUUGAGAUUCUAAAAGAAGAAGUAAGGGACUUGCUGGAUCCGAAUUCCAGUAAUAAAUCAGAGUCACCAAAUGGGCAAAAUGGGAAAGUAAAUAUUCCAGGGAAGCCACCAAUACAAAUUCGUGAAACUUCAAAUGGUGUCAUAACACUUGCAGGGUCAACUGAAUGUGGUGUUCAAACCCUAAAAGAAAUGGCUGAUUGUCUGGAACAUGGAUCUUUAAGCAGGGCAACAGGGAGUACAAACAUGAAUAACCAAUCAAGUCGUUCACAUGCCAUUUUCACCAUAACGGUUGAACAAAUACGAAAAGUUGAUCUUGCUGGAUCAGAAAGAGCUAAAAGAACAGGUUCUGAUGGAAUGAGGUUCAAAGAAGGAGUUCAUAUCAACAAGGGUCUUCUUGCACUUGGAAAUGUCAUAAGUGCCCUUGGUGACGAGAAGAAACGAAAAGAAGGUGCUCAUGUUCCCUACAGAGAUAGCAAACUCACUCGUCUCUUACAAGAUUCACUUGGUGGAAACAGUAGAACCGUUAUGAUUGCUUGUGUUAGUCCUGCUGAUAUAAAUGCUGAGGAAACUCUCAACACAUUGAAGUAUGCUAAUCGCGCUCGAAAUAUCCAGAAUAAGCCUGUGGUCAAUAGGGAUCCAAUGUCCAGUGAAAUGUUAAAGAUGCGCCAACAAUUAGAGUGUUUGCAGGCAGAACUUUGUGCUCGUGGUGGAGGUUCUUCAGUUGAAUUACAAGUACUAAGGGAAAGGAUUGCUUGGCUUGAAGCUACUAAUCAGGAUCUUUGUAGGGAGCUUCAUGUUUACAGAAGCCGAGGCAUUGCCAUUGAUCACUCUGAAAUGGAUACUAAAGGUGAUGAUUCCUUUUGUUUGGAAAAUGAAGGAAUUAAACGAAGCUUACAAAGUAGUGUUGAUUCAUCUGAUUAUCAGAUGAGUGAAAGUGGUGAUUCUACUGGUAUAGAUGAAGAAGCAGCAAAAGAAUGGGAGCACACUCUUCUACAAGACUCCAUGGACAAAGAACUACAUGAAUUGAAUAAACGCUUAGAACAAAAGGAGUCGGAGAUGAAACUUUUUGGUGGAUUUGAUACAAUGACCCUUAAGCAACAUUUUGGAAAGAAAAUAAUGGAACUUGAGGAUGAAAAAAGGGCAGUUCAGAAAGAGAGAGACAGGUUGCAGACUGAAAUUGAAAAUCUUUCAGCUACAUCAGAUGGCCAAACACAAAAAUUGCAAGAUUUACAUUCCCACAAGUUAAAAUCACUUGAAUCACAGAUUCUGGAUCUGAAGAAGAAAAAAGAUAGUCAAGUGCAAAUUAUGAAACAAAAACAAAAGAGUGAUGAGGCAGCCAAAAAGUUACAAGAUGAGAUACAAUUCAUCAAGGCACAAAAGGUUCAACUGCAACACAGAAUAAAGCAAGAAGCUGAACAAUUCAGGCAGUGGAAAGCAUCUCGUGAAAAAGAAUUAUUGCAGCUAAAAAAAGAAGGUAGGAGAAAUGAAUAUGAAAGGCACAAACUGCAAGCUCUAAAUCAACGCCAGAAAAUGGUUCUACAAAGAAAGACAGAAGAGGCUGCAAUGGCAACCAAGAGGCUCAAAGAAUUGCUAGAGGCCCGCAAGUCAACACGUGACAACUCAGUGACUAGCAAUGGAAAUGGAACAAAUGUACAGAACAAUGAGAAGUCAUUGCAGCGGUGGCUUGAUCAUGAGCUGGAAGUGAUGGUGAAUGUUCAUGAAGUUCGACAUGAAUAUGAGAAACAAAGCCAAGUGCGUGCUGCACUUGCGGAAGAGCUUGCUGUUCUUAGACAAGUUGAAGAAUUUGCUACAAAAGGAGUUAGUCCUCCAAAAGGAAAGAACGCUUUCUCUAGGGCAUCAUCUUUAUCACCUGAAGCAAGAAUGUCAAGAAUAUCAUCACUAGAGAGCAUGUUAAACAUUUCAUCAAAUUCACUUGUCUUCAUGGCUUCACAACUCUCCGAGGCAGAAGAAAGGGAACGCGCCUUUGCCAACCGUGGACGUUGGAAUCAGCUCCGAUCAAUGGCCGAUGCUAAAAACCUGCUUCAGUACAUGUUCAACUCUCUUGCAGACGCUAGGUGCCAAUCAUGGGAAAAGGAUAUUGACAUGAAGGAAAUGGAAGAACAGUUGCAAGAGCUUGUAGGUCUUCUUAGACAAAGUGAAUUAAGAAGAAAAGAAGCCGAGAAAGAGCUAAAACUUAGGGACCAGCAAACUCUCGCAACAUCUGCCUCCGGAAACCCCCACAAUUCGCUAAAACACUUGGCUGAUGACAUGAGCGGACCGUUAUCUCCAAACUCUGUACCCGUACCAAAACAACUGAAAUACACAGCUGGCAUAGCUAACGGUUCUGUCAGGGAGUCGGCCGCCUUCAUAGACCAGAAACGAAAGAUGGUGCCGAUUGGUCAGUUGUCUCUGAAGAAGCUGGCUCUGGUGGGCCACUCCUCUGGGAAACUAUGGAGGUGGAAGAGGAGCCACCAUCAAUGGCUACUCCAAUUCAAAUGGAAAUGGCAAAAACCAUGGAGACUCUCCGAGCUUAUAAAACACAGCGAUGAAACAAUCAUGAGAACAAAAUCUCGCUCGCAUGCAAUAUCAGACGUCAUUUAUCAUCAUAGACAUUAACAACCUUAUAUAUAUUAUAUUAUAUUAUAUAUUAUCUCAUAUUAUACUAUAUUAUAUUGGUAUUGUAUAUUCAUUCAUCUCCAAGAACAUGGAAAUAAGUGGAGGGAAACGAACAAGGCUGGUGGGUGUUGGAGAUCGGUGGUUGUAGAUGAUGGAUAGGUAAAGUUGGGAUGUGUGUGUUAGGAUAUUAUGAAGAUGAAAUUAGUGUGUGGAUGGAUGGUUUUUUUUUUUUUUUUGAAAUUUAUAUGCAAGUGGUGUAGUUGUUGUAUUGCUAAUUUGUUUGU